GACGGGCUCACGGACCGGCGGCGGCGGCAGCCAGGACAGGUGCAGGGUGCCUCACCUCCUUCCCCCUGGCGCAGGUGCUGUCGCCGCUGCUGCUGCCGCUCUACCCACCCCCCUCCGGGUCUCCCUCCUUUCUGUCCCCUCCCCCGUCCCGGAGCGCCCCUCUCUUGCGGAGCAGUCCCGCUCUCUGCUUAUAACUCACAGGGGAAUAAAUAAGACCGCCACCGUCGGGGCCACUUGGUGUCUGCACGUACAUGAAACCUGGAGAAACUUUGCAGGGAAUUGUUUUGUUUUUCUUCUCCCAAGUUUCUACUUUUUUAGCCAGCUUUUUUUUUUUUUUUUAAGAUUUCUUUUACUAAUUCCCUAGUCCCGUUUUACCUUCGGGGUCAUUUGCUGAUACCUCAACCAUAGCUACUUUAUAAAACAAAACAGAGCAGCGCAAGUACGAAUGUGUUUUGUUGAAAACCUAACUACGUCUAGACUGCAGUCAAGAUGGAUAAAAAGUCCUUUGAAACGGUGCUGGAUGAAAUUAGAAAGGCUGUUUUGACAGAAUACAAAUUAAAAGCAAUUGAAUAUGUUCAUGGAUACUUCUCAAGUGAACAGGUAGUUGAAUUACUGAGAUACUUUUCUUGGGCUGAACCCCAGCUGAAGGCAGUGAAAGCAUUACAACAUAAAAUGGUGGCUGUUCCUGCAGUGAAAGUGGUCAACAUCCUCAACUGCUUCACCUUCAGCAAAGAUAAGCUGGUUGCUCUUGAACUGUUGGCUUCGAACAUUAUUGAUGCACAGAAUUAUCGCCUUAUUGAAGAUCUUUUUAGAAUCAACAUGUCUGAAAAAAAGCGGUGUAGGAGAAUUCUUGACCAGGCUUUAAAGGGAGGUUGUAAAGCUCCUCAUGCUAUGAUAUCUUCUUGUGGAAUGAUUCCUGGCAACCCAUAUCCUAAAGGGAAACCCAGUCAGAUAAACGGAACUUUCCCAGGUUUCCCUAUCAAAAAAGAUGGUGAAGAUUGUACAAAUGAAGGCAAAGGAAUAGCUGCACGGAUACUUGGCCCAUGUAAACCAGCUCCUGCAACAUAUAAUCCACAUAAACCUGUUCCAUAUCCUAUACCCCCCUGUCGACCUCAUGCGACCAUUGCACCAAGUGCUUAUAACAAUGCAGGUUUGGUACCACUGGCCAAUGUCAUAGCUCCAGGCGUCCCACCUCCACCUCCAUAUACUCCCAACACAGUGGCAACAGAAAAUGAAGAACUUACUAAUCCAUCAAAACCUCAAAAUCCAACAUUUUCUUCCCACUCAAGUCAACUUUUUUCUCCUCAUUGUUCAAAUCCUUCAACACCUGUUGCUACUCCAGUCCCUACUCCAUCUCCAGUGAAGGCGGUAAAUCAUCCAUCAGCACCAGCAACUCCAGUCAUCUCUGGGAUGAACUCGUCCACUCCUGUCCUUCCUGUGUUCCCAGGGCAGGCCUCUUCAGCGAUCCAUACACUUCAGUCAUCAAUCCCAACAUCAAGUGUCAUCAAAACCCUUUCACUGCCAACUGUUCCUGUAACAUCUGUACAUAAUACAACUUCAGCCCCUAUCCCUACAGUUUUUUCUGGUCUGACUCCUAUGUCAGGACUUGCAGCUGCUCCUCCUCUUGCCCCACAGGGUUCUACUACCCCCUGUGCUCCUCCUGUUCCCAAUGAAGCAUUUGCUUCUGCUCCUGCUCCUACUCCUGCCCCUGCUCCUUUUAACAGCCUGCCUUUUCCUGCUACUUCUGCAGCUGUUUCUACCAAUAACCUUAAUCCUGCUCCAUUAUCAUCCGUUUUUGCAGGGCUUCCUUUGUCCUUAACACCUACUCCCCAAGUGGUAUCUAGCCCAGCUCCCUCUGUAAUUGCUGGUGGUCCUGCUACCAGUCUUCCUGGGCUGAAUAAUCCUAUACUGUCCGUUUUGAAAGGAUUUCUGACGUCAAAUGAUACGGCUGCAAUCAGCUCUUCUGCUUUGGCUUCAUUAUCUUCUCUCACUAAUCAGAACUCUGAUUCUCCUGCUUCAUCCAUUAACAAGUGCUAUACACCAUCAGCUACACCUACACCCCAAAGGUCUGCCACACCAGGCAUGGCCAUGUUCCCUGGGCUUCCCUCGCCUUCCGUGGCCAAUCCAAGUACCACUCCCUCUUCCUUGCCAGCACAGUCUCCUUUAGCCACUCCUGCAUCAUCUACAGCACUACCUACUACCUGUGGUUCCUCAGCUUCUCUUUUGCAUGGCCCCCACCCAGGUAAUCCAGAGCUACAGAUUCCAACCACCCCUGUUGUUACAAGUGUUCCAAUCAUGGUAAAAACUGAGCCCACAAGCCCUACUCCUUCUGCUUUCAAAGGCCCAUCCCAUCCUUCUAAUCCUUCUCAUAGCACUUUAGGCCUGUCGGCAGCAUUAGGUCGUGCAUUUACUUCAGCAGCAGCAGCAGCGUCAGUGCCAGUUAGUUUAUCCACUUGCCUUAAUCCAACAUUAUCAGGUCUCUCUUCCUUGAGCACUCCCCUGAAUGGUUCUGCACCUCUCUCCUUGACCCCUCAUGGUUCCUCCACACCAAUUGCUCCUGUGUUUACUGCUCUUCCUCCUUUCACUUCUCUGACCAAUAACUUUCCUCUAGCUGGUAACCCAGCACUUAAUCCUUCUGUGUCUCUUCCCGGGUCAUUAAUAGCCACUCCUACAACCACUUCCUCCACAUCAGUCCCUCAUGCCAGUUCUACUGCAGCUGCGAUCUCAGGGCUUACGGCCUCAGCACCUGUCUCGGCAGCACCAUUUCCCCUCAGCUUGUCUGCUGCUGUCCCAUCCCUUUUCUCUGUUCCUCAAGGACCUCUGCCGUCUGCAAACCCCUCCUACCAUGGCUUCCCUGUCUCCAACACACCAACAGUUACUCCUGCACUCCCUUCCUUCCCUGGGUUCCAGGCAUCAUCUACAGUGGCAGCAGUUGCACCACUGCCAGCAGCUGCUACAGCUCCAUCACCAGCUCCAGUCCUGCCAGGAUUUGCAUCUGCAUUUAGUUCGAAUUUCAACUCUGCACUUGUUGCACAAGCUGGAUUGUCGACUGGACUUCAAGCAGCAGGAAAUUCUGUUUUUCCUGGACUUUUGUCCCUUCCAGGAAUACCUGGAUUUUCCCAAAACCCUUCACAAUCUUCCUUGCAGGAAUUGCAGCACAAUGCAGCUGCACAGUCGGCCCUCUUACAGCAGGUACAUUCAGCUUCAGCUUUGGAGAGCUAUCAGACUCAGCCUGAUGGAUUUCCUAGUUAUCCUUCAGCUCCAGGAACCCCAUUUUCAUUGCAGACUGGACUUUCCCAGAGUGGGUGGCAGUGAAUAUAGAUAUUAAAUGGGUUUUUUCUUUUUUUUUCCCUCCUUUGGAACAAGACCAAAAUUGUUUAAGGACUGUGGUGAACACCCUGGAAAAAAAGAAGUUGGGGAGAACUCAGAAAAUGAGAAUAAGGAUUACUCUGGAAAAAUUGCAGUGUCUCAGAGAGUUAAAUUGUAGCUGCAAUUUUUCUUUAUAGCAGUUUCAAGCAUGGACACUUUCCCAUGUAAAUAGGACUGACAAAUCAUAUGGGAAACAAUAUUACAAAAGUGUUCUGUAUUUAUCAGCUCCCAUCCUAUGAAAUUUUGAUAUGUGUGAUCUAUAUAGAAAGAAUGGUAAAGAGGAGAUUGGAUUCUUUACAGCCGAAUACAGCCUUAAAUCUGCCUGUGAUUUCUCUUGACAUCAGUAAUAGUUGUGCCUAGGGAUUAAAGGUUGCAUGUGGCCCUUAGGGUUUUCCCCUUAGUAUGCAUGAGUAGUUCCUAUUAGUAUCAAUAGGAACUCAGAGUGUAUACAUGAAGGGGACUUGAGACUCCUUCCUAACACCUUUCCCCUCCCCAUUCUUUUCCCUGCCCCCAAUAGUUUUUAAAUACUAAUAAGAAAUGUCUUGCACAUACUGCUGAACUAAACUGAAGAAUAUAUUUUGGGCAAGGAAUAACUAGAAAAAUGGUGCUUAUUCUGGUCAUUAGAAUGACUAUUUCAGGUAUUUUGAGUAAAAAUAUACUUCCAGGCAUGCUUUCUUACAGAAAUACAACUGAAUCUGUAAUAAUUUGCCUUCAGGAUAUGUUUCUUAACCGUAGUGGUGACAGCAUUCGUACAUAUAGGAACAAUUGACUGGCAUCCAGGCCAUCUCUGUUGUUCGUUGUACUGGAAAUCUUUGGUGAAUGUUUACAGUCAUGGGAUUUAGUAUUUCUCUUGGAAAGACAUUCUGAUUAAAUACUGAAAAAAAGUUUUAUGGCAACAUAUAGAAAAGAUUUGCUUUGUUAGUGAAAUGCAGUGUGCACUCUAAGUACCUGUGGUAGUGUAACACAUGAUUGAAAAUCAUUUGUUUAAGACAGCUAUCUCUACCAGAUUUUAGAGAAAAACAGAGAGAAUGGUAUCCAAUCCUGUGAUUAUAAGUGUGAACUAUAGAAAAUCUACUGUAGAACAUUUCAGCACCUAGAGCUUUUACUUUUUUAAAGAUGGUCUCUGAUGGAAGAUGUUGCUAAUGUAUUUUCCUUUAACAGGGGAACAAACUUUUUAAGCCUAUUAAUAAAAUAUUCCUGUAUGAUUAGUUUUUAACACAAUUUUUAAAAUAAAGUUUACAAGACAUGGCACAAAGUUUUUAGUGAUUACUUUUUUCUAGCUUAAGAAGUACUUGAAUAAAUGUUUGGAUACUUGUAUGAAUUGGGUAAGUGAAACACUUUGUUUUAUGCUGUAUGUUAGAUGGUCUAUAAAAAAAUUACUAUAUAAUGUUCUGAAUAGUCUAUUGCCUAUCUGAAUUGAAUUA